CCACACAUUGCUUUUUCGCGCUCUAUUACUUUUUCCACGCUUUUCCACUGAUGACCAUGACUCUUGAUUACAACGCCAUCAAAUCCAACAUCAUUCCUCACAAGGUUGAAGGCACCAAGUACGCCUACGGUACUGCCGGUUUCCGCACCAAGGCCGAGUUGCUCGACUCUGUAAUGUACAAAGUAGGCAUCUUGGCUACCUUGCGCUCCAAGAAGUUAAAUGGUGCCACUAUCGGUGUCAUGAUUACCGCGUCUCACAACCCUGAAGAGGAUAACGGUGUCAAGCUUGUUGAUCCUCGUGGUGAAAUGCUGGAACAGUCAUGGGAAAGCUAUGCUACUAAGCUUGCAAAUGCUAACGAUGGGGAUAGCUUGGCCGAAGCAAUUGACCAGAUCGUUACUGCUCAUGAAAUCAACGUAGAAGCACGUGCAGCUGUCAUCUAUGCAUAUGAUACCAGACCGAGCUGCCCCGAGUUGGUAAAGUGUCUGGAACAGGGCUUGACUGUGUCUGGCGCCGAAGCUACCGGAUUUGGAUUAAAGACAACGCCCAUGCUGCACUACCUUGUUCGUUGCAUCAACUCAGCUGGUACCAGCGACGCGUAUGGUGAGCCUACAGAAGAAGGCUAUUACAAGAAGCUUUCGGAGGCCUUCAAGGUUGCAGUGAGCGGAAAACCUCGCCUGUCAACUCUCCACGUUGAUUGUGCCAACGGCGUCGGUGCACCUAAAUUAGCGGAGUUUGCAAAGCAUCUUCCAGAAGAUGUUCUUUCUCUCAAGAUCAUCAAUGAUGACACCCAUACCCAGGGCAAACUCAACAAGGAUUGUGGUGCUGACUUUGUAAAGACACGCCAGCAAGCUCCUUUGGGCUCUGAAAUUGCUCCUGGCGACAGAUACUGCUCGUACGAUGGUGAUGCCGACCGUAUUGUCUUUUACUAUGUCGAUAGCAAUAACGUCUUCAAGCUGUUGGAUGGCGAUAAGAUUGCUGGAUUGGCUGCAAUGUUUAUUAUGGAACUCGUGCAGGAUGCAGGCAUCGAUACCCUGAAGGUUGGCGUCGUCCAGACCGCAUAUGCCAAUGGCAGCUCCACCAACUAUCUUACCAACGUUCUAAAAGUGCCCGUGUCAUGUGUGCCCACCGGUGUAAAGCAUCUUCAUCAUGAAGCCGAAAAGUACGAUAUUGGUGUUUAUUUUGAAGCCAAUGGACACGGCACUGUUCUCUUUAGCCCCGAAGCGCUCAACACAAUCAAAACCGCUGAAGCUAAGACGCCUGCACAGCAACAAUCCAUCCAGCAGUUACAGGCCGUCACUGAUGUUAUUAACCAGACCGUCGGUGAUGCUAUUUCAGACAUGUUACUCGUUGAAACCAUCCUUACCAACCGUGAAUGGAGCCCAGAGGAAUGGGACCAGGCAUACACUGAUCUUCCCAACCGACUGGUGAAGGUCGUUGUCGCUGACCGAACCAUUUUCAAGACCACAAAUGCAGAGCGCGAGCUGGUUGAACCCGAAGGUCUCCAAGAAAAGAUUAAUGAACACGUUGCCAAGUACUCGCAAGGCCGUUCCUUUGUUCGUGCUUCUGGUACCGAGGAUGCUGUUCGUGUCUAUGCUGAGGCAGCGACUCGAUCGGAAUGUGAUGAAUUGGCAUACAAGGUAUCGCUUCUUGUUUACAACGAAGCUGGUGGCGUUGGCAAGCCUCCCAUGAUGCCCUAAAAGAGCCAAACGAUAUCUCUUUCUAUUGUAAUGUUGCUGCUGAUGUAGAUAAAUUUCAAGAUAAUAAAAAGAUUGAACAAUAAUAAGAGGACAUAAUCGGAUGAAACAAA